AAGAAAGGGACUUUUUCAGUGCUUCUAAAUGUAUGCAUUUCCUCUUUAUGGUAUGUACUACUUCCAUGAAAAGGAACUCUUUCCGACCAUGUGUGUAGCUACAGAAAAUAGAGAAGAUUAAAUUUUUGAAAAUUAAAAAUGGGAGGGAAUUGAAGGCUUGGACUACUGAAGACAUAGAGAGAGAGGUGGCAAGAAGGGUCACACUGGUCUGAUGAGCUAGAUGAACCAGAGGAAUGUAUCCUGUCCUGACUGCAAGCAGAAGCCCAUAGGAAUACAAGAGAUCUUUGAAGUCUGUGAGUCCAAGCAAGUCUCAUACUGUGGGUGUGAAUCCUUUGUGGUUUUGUGGUUCUUAAUGACGUUCUACUACCAACAACAGUGCUUGGUCACAUCUUUUGAGCAAUUGGUUACGGGAUUUAUUUUGCACUCUUCCUCACAUCCUUGUUGGCUCAAAAUGACAAAUACAAGGUGAAACCUCUGGCCAGGAGGAAACUACACUUUUCAGUUCUCCUUGUUUGAAAACAGGUUGUGCUAGAGCCAAAGAAGUAAAACUGGAAACAGCAUUGAAGCUGAAGAAGGCUUCUGAAAAACAAUUUUUAUGCUAUUAUAAGCCUCCAUAAAGGAUGUACAGAUGAAGGACCUCAAAGAAGCAGAAACAUCUAAGGUUGAAAUUGGAUACUACAGAAGGUCAUAACAAGAGAAGAUUCUAGGACCAUGACUAAAGAGAAUGGAACCCUUUUUAAUACAUCAAUUCAGUUAAUAGACUCUUACGAUGCUAUUUGGAAUCCUGUCUUGGUCACAAUAUACACAGUAGUAUUCUUUGGAGGCAUAUGUGGAGUCAUCAGAAUGUUAUUUUUGCUAAUGAAAAUGAAUGCACUGUCAGUCACCACAACAGUAACCAUAAACCUGGUAGUGAUACACAGUCUCUUUCUUGUGACUGUACCUUUUCGGCUGUAUUACUACAUCAAGGAUGAGUGGAUUUUUAAACCAGUCUUCUGUAAACUUGUGAGCAUAAUGAUACAUUUGCACAUGUAUCUUGCCUUUCUAUUCUAUAUGAUUGUCUUACUGAUUAGGUGUCUUAUUUUCUUUCAGUGGAAGGAUAAGAUAGAAUUCUAUAGGAAUUUACACGCUGUGGCAACUAGCGCAGCUGUGUGGUUCCUGGCUUUAGUGACAGUGGUGCCAGUCAUGUACGUUUGGUAUGGUCAAACUGGGGAAUACAAUCAAAACAAAUGCUUUGACUUUCACAAAGAGUUAAAGGAGGAUGCAGUGAAAGCAGUGAACUAUGCUCUGAUUGGUGUAAUGAUUACUUUAACGUGCGCCUUGGUGGGCUUGCAGGUUUUCAUGCUUGUAAAACUGGUGAAAAAGCUAUCAGGAUCAGUUUGGUCACAUCAAGAGUUUCGGGCCCAACUGAAAAGUGUGGUUUUUGUAUGUGUAAUUGUUUUCUGUUUCCUUCCUCAUCACUUUUUUCGGAUUUACUAUGUUCAACAUGUCGAUGAUAAGCGGUAUCCCCGGCUGGCUGUAUACAAUGAAGUCUGUCUAAGCAUAACUGCAAUUAGUUGCCUUGAUUUGUUUUUCUUAGUGAUCAGUGGGAGGGAAAUCAGGAUGCCAAAUCUCAUGGCACUUUCCUGUUGUUAAGACUCUUUAUAUUGCAGUCAGAAAAUCUUCUAAACUAACAAAAUCUGCUGGAUAGGCAAAAAUUCUAUGAAUUAAGAUUUUUCAGAACAAAAAUGUUGGCAAUAUUUGUUAUCCAUUGCCUUGAUUUGGCAUGGCUCUGAUAUAUAGAUCAGGGUUGGUAGGUUUUUCAUCAUGUAACAUGAAGUCUUUAUUCAUAACAGGUGCUAAAGUUAUUUUUUAAAAUAUUUUGCUCCUGGAACAUAACAUUCCUACAAAAGUGGAGGAGGAUGACUCCAGUGUUGCAGCAUUGGUGAAUUUGCUCCGUAUUUUGGUCUGAAACAUUAAAGGAACUAUUAUAACACAAUGGACCUAUUUUGGGGGUUGGGUUCAGCCUGUUGGGUAGCUCAUAUAAAAUUCAGACUAAAACCAAAAGUGGAUUCAGUGCCCCUGCACAGGUUACAUUAGGUUUCUAGUGCAGGAUAAAUUGUUCCGCUUUUAUUUCCACAUACUCCUUCUAGUUUGAAUGCUAUGAUGUGUAUUUCCCCAUACUUUUCUACAGGAGAGAUUGCUGUUACAAGUGGAGGAAUUAAUGUUGCAAUACUGUGCAAGCCACAAUUGUAAAACUGAAAUGAUGAAAUAAGCAUCUUGUUCAUAUGGAAUCUUGUGUUUCAUUGAUAUUUAUUGUUCACAUAGAUUAUAAUGCAUCUUUACAAUAACCAUAAAACUAAUCCCUAAUGAAAUAAGAGAGGGAGUAAUACCUUUGGGUUGAAGAUUGUAACUUGCCAGGAAGGGAAAAUCUUUCUUAAGUAUCUAUUAAGAUCAUAAAGAUGAGCUUGUAAUAUCCUUUACGAAGGAAGAUUCCUGAG